CCCAAACAGGGUUGGCAGGUGAGUUCACUUGGCAGGCUUUGCAACACCAGAGGAGUCAUUUCCAACGGCUCUCUCCAAGCAGAUGGUUACAAGGCCGUUCAAAUCUGCGGGCGGAAGUGGCCAGUUCAUCGCGUAGUGAAGAUCACCUUUGAUGGGCUUCCCAUAUCUGAGGAAGCCUGGCAAGUGCAUCAUGUGGAUGGCAGCCGAGCCAACAACCGCUUGGACAACCUGAGGUAUGUAACACCAAGCGAAAAUGUGCGGCACUCAUACUCCAGCCAUUCGAGGUGCACGUGUGGGCCUGCGCAAUCGAAGACUGUGCUGUGGAGACCUGUUGGGUCUGCGAACUGGAUAAGAAACCCUUCUGUCACAGCAGCAGCUCAACAGCUGGGCAUGAGCAGAGAAACUGUGUCAAGAUGCUGCCACAAGAAUACUGCAGCUAGAGGUUACGAGUUUAGCUUCCGAGACCAGUGCGACUUUGCUUUGCCUGGAGAAGAAUGGAGACCAAUGGUCAAUCCGGUAUCAGGAGCUUUAGUGCCGGGACGGAAAGUCAGUUCUCUUGGCCGCGUCACGUCACGGACUGGGUUGAUAGGUAGGGGGCACCUGAUUCGAAAGGGUUACUACACGACGCAGGUGCAAAGCCAGAACUCCUUUGUUCAUCGACUGGUAGCAAUUGCUUUUCUUGGGCCGUCGCCUUCGGCUCACCAAACCUGUGUGAAUCACAAAGAUUUGGACAAAGGCAACAAUGCUGUGGACAAUCUGGAGUGGGUCUCUCCGGCUGAAAAUCUCUUUCACUUUUAUGCAACCUCCAUCCGUGAGGGGCGUGAGGGUAGGACCACGGCAAAGCCUGUUUGGAGCCGGCCCCAUGGAACUGACGCUGAGUGGAGGUGGCAUCGCUCCAGGACAAGUGCCGCAAGUGAACUUGGCCUUUGCCGACGUAGCAUUUCCCGAUGCACCCACGGGCUGCAGUGGCAAACCGGCGGGUUUGAGUUCCGAGAUGCGCAUCAGGCAGACGCCUUGCUCCCUGGCGAAGAGUGGCGAGAGAUACAUUUGCCGUUACUUGAAAGAGACAGAGAGGCGCGCCGACGAUGGUCUUGAGCUGUUUUCUUUCCAGUGUGUGUUUGCGGAGAAUUGAGUUGCCUUGGGGCGAGUUUUUUUCAUGCGGCAGAGCCGCUCAUCCCGUUGGCUUGGCAGACAGAGCUUGUUGCUCCAACCGCUUGCCCUUGUUAGAAACAUAUGGGAAAUCGCAGUUUGGCCUAGCAUGUCCUGUACUGACAGUGAACCGCAUGCGGACCUUGGAGCUUGAUAUGAGGAUGUUUUUGGCGAACAAAUCGCAAUCUUUAUAGCUGAGGAUGACAGGUGUACGGCGGUGUGUCAGAUGAGGAAUAUUAAUAUGCGCCCUUGCAUUGGAUUGCUCGCUGGAAGCCUUGCAACUACGAUCUGAAUGGGUUCUAGAACGACAGGUGGCGGCGCGCACUUGGAUUUUGAGCGUGUUGGAUUCUUGAAUCAUAUAUACACCUUUGCUAGUUACCAUGCAGUGAAUCAGUUGGUCAAGCAGGAAAAUCUAGGGCCUUGAUCCUUCAAAGCUGCAAGGUCAAGAUGUGUGCGAGGUCCCAACAUGUCCCAGCAAUACCCCCCAAAGCGUUCCCUCAAAGAUGUCAAAGUGAUUCAAAGUGCAAGUGGUGGUUUAUCUAUGUUUCGCUCCCGACAAAAUGUCAGUUGGGUCAACGAAAGGUCAGAAGUUAGAUGAUGGGAAUCGCUCCAGAAGACUUCAAUUGCAAGCACCAGUUGACCUUCAGUUUGACAGCUUCUAUAUAGCUUCCUUCUUUUGCCUGAAGCAGCUGGCUCCUGAAAGCGAGACACAACUGACACGUUCCAAUGAUUCAAACAUAUGCUUAUGUAACUGUUACAACUCACAAGUGCGCAAUGCUUUGAAGCAGUCAACUGAAAUUCUAGCUUCAGUAAAAGUGCGCAGGGAACAAUUAUAUAGUGCGUUCCCUUGGUUAGACUCGAGAACCGUGCCAUUAAUUAUCAAGAGCUCUGAGCCAAACCUCACGUUUGCUUCAAGCUGUGGGCUUUUUGUGCUUUUCGUCGCAAGGAAUCUCAAAGUUGGACACCUUGGACCCUGUUGCAAUGCUGACAUGGCCAGGAUUUGUGGCAGUGUCCUUUUGGAAGAAAAAUGCGGUGCGGUUCUUCACCAGUCAGCUGCUUCCAAGUCCCAAAACUGGUUGGCAGGUGAGCUCGCAUGGCCGGGUUUGUGAUAGCAGAGGAAUCAUUUCCAGUGGUUAUUUGCAUUCAAGUGGAUACAAAAUCGUUGAGAUUUGGCGGCAGAAGUGGAGAGUUCAUCGCUUGGUCAAGAUCACAUUUCAUGGGCUUCCCAAAUCUUCAGAAGCCUGGCAAGUACACCAUGUGGAUGGCAACCGAGCCAACAAUCGCUUGGACAAUCUGAGGUAUGUAACACCAAGCGAAAACGUGCGGCACUCAUACUCCAGCCGUUUGACGCGCAGCAAUGGGCCCGCAAGGUCGAAGGCUGUUCUGUGGAGACCUGUUGGGCCUGCAAACUGGACAUGUGCAUUUGCGCAGUUCCAGGAUGCAGGGGGGCUACGGCUGUCUGGAGAAGAAUGGCGCCCGAUGGUCCAUCCAAGAUCAGGUGCUGAAGUGCCCGGAAGGAUGGUAAGUUCCUUUGGCCGCAUAACAUCGAAGAGAGGGUUUAUAAGCCAAGGAUGUUUGACCCGACAGGGUUACUGCAAUACAAAGGUGUGCAUCAGCUCACUUUGCGAGAGUGUGUUUGUUCAUCGCCUUGUGGCUUUUGCCUUUCUUGGGCCGCCGCAAACUGAGAGCAAAACCUUGGUGAACCACAAGGACCUUGACAAAAGCAACAAUGCAGCAGACAAUCUCGAGUGGGUUUCUCAAAGUGAAAACAUGGCACAUUUUUACGCAGCCUCCACCCUGGGGCAUGGAACCACCGCAAAGCCUGUUUGGAGCCGGCCUCAUGGGAGCAAUGAGAAGUGGACCUGGCAUCACUCCAUGACAUGUGCGGCGCAUGAACUUGGUCUUAAACGCAACUAUAUCUCCAAGUGCACGCGGGGGCUACAGCGACAGACUGGUGGUUUUGAAUUCCAACUAGAAGAUACAACAGAGACAAGCGUAUCGCUUCGUGGCGAAGAGUGGCGUGAAAUCAACGAACUUGUGCUGCGAAGAGACAGGGAAGCUUGCAAACGUGCGCACUUCAACUGAUUUUUGUUUCCGCGAAUUUGGGGGGUGAUCCCAUGUUUGGAGAUCCAAGAUCAAGUCUCUUUUUGCCAGCUCUUAUGGGUCUUCAAGGACGUUGAAGAGAGCCCUUUAAGGCUGUUCUUUUUGUCACUGUCGUCGGGGCUGAGCACCUUGCUUCUCCAGUGAUGUACUCUUUGUUUCGCUUGGAAAAC